CGCGAUCACGGACGAUUGCAAUCACGAUAUCGUCUAUUUUGUGGAUCUGCUUUACCGACUUCUAAAUCUAAUUCAACAUUUUUAUCGAGCUAGAUUUUUCAGAAGCAUGUCAGUAUUCAGUUGGGGAUGCACUCAGGAUAGACAGCUGGGAAUCCCUGGUGUAGGAGAUGAUGUUACCUCUAUCACGUCCCCCAAAGAGGUUUUUUCUCUAGCUGGUAACCAAGUCCUUGAGAUCAGCUGUGGACUUCGUCACACCUGUGUUCUCCUGCAAGAUGGCACUGUCAUGACAUGUGGUGCCAAUGAUCGGGGCCAGUUGGGCCAGGAGAGGUCUGGAUCUGAGCUUGCUCAGGUGCCUGCCACAGAUACCUUGGUGGUCACUCAAAUCUCCUGUGGAAAUGACCAUACCUUGGCAGUCACCGACCGAGGUCAAGUUCUCGGCUGGGGUCGUGAUGACCGAGGUCAGUGUGGUAUGUCUUCUGGAGGUAGAGAGGACAAAAGAAAACCAAGACUGUUGAAGAGUUUGUCAUCCUGUCAGGUUGCACAAGUAGCAUGUGGAUCCUUGCACUCAAUGGCUCUUACAAGAGAUGGCAGGAUAUAUGCGUGGGGCGACAAUUCGUUUGGGCAGCUCGGAAUCGGAGUCCCUGGACGGACUCUGUACAGGGAUCACCCACAGCUGCUCUCCUCUCUCCCGGGUGUCCCGAUCAGGAGGCUGGCUUGCGGGGGGUGGCAUUCCUUUGCCCUCUCCAUCUCUGGAGCUGUGUUUGGGUGGGGCAAGAACAACUGCGGUCAACUGGGCCUUGGAACAACAGAAGAUAGAGUCCAUCCAACUCUACUAAAGAAUCUGAAAACUCAGAGAGUGAAAUACAUUGCCUGUGGUCAGAACUAUACAGCUAUGCUCACAGCAUCCGGUGGACUUUUCCUCUUUGGCCAAGGGUCAGACGGUCAGCUAGGUCAUGGGUCACAUAGCGAUGAGAUCAACCCGAGGAAGGUCCUUGAUUUCCUAGGCAGUGAGAUCACACAGGUUGCUUGUGGAAGGAAGCACACUCUUGUCCUGGAGGGCCGCACUGGACGGUUCUACUCCUUUGGUCAAGGAAGCAAAGGCCAGCUUGGUCUUGACAACGACAGUUCCAUGUCUUGUGCAACUCUUGUGCCUGGUCCAUGGAAAGCAAAGAACAGUACUGCGGGAUAUUCUAAUGGGGAGGAAACAAGGUCUAUUGUUGGGUCCAUCUUUGCCGGAGGAGACCACUCGUUUUGUACCAUCUUAAGAGGGGAUGACUGCGAUCAUCCUCUUGACUUCAGGGAAGCUCUUCCUAACGUGGAGCCUGUUGUUCUAACCAAAGAUUUGCUCCAAGAAGUCUCUGACUAUGCUCCUUCAAGUCCUUCUAAAGCAAUUCAGACUCUAGAGAUAGUGCUCUCCUCCCCACCCUGCCUCAACGCCUCUUUCCUUGUUGGGAAUGAUGAUCAUUUCUAUCGUGAUCAAUUUAAUGAUAAGCAUGGCAUUGACUUGGAUGCAGCGAGAUCAGCAUUUGAAUGCCUCUCUGGAAAGAUGGACAUUAUUAAAAUGCUGAGCCCAAAACAGCUCUUGACCAUCUUCAUCUUCUGUAACCAAUAAAUAAGGUUUGUUCCUGCUAAGCAAAAGUCUUACAAGAUAUGGUAAAUUGGCUUCUUGGAUGUCCUCCAGGAAAAUCAGAAUGAUCUUGUCUAACUUGGUGUCAUUCACAUGCUCAACGGCCAUCCGAAGCUUGGUCAUGAACCAAGCAUCACCCACUGACUUGUUACUCACCAACAAUGCUGUCUUGAAGCUGUUAUCAAGGUUAUGAUAUAAGGCAUUGAGAUAGUACAUCCCUGGAUGAAGGGCCUCAUCUCCGAAGGCUACGUUCUGCAGAUGAGGCAUCCGUUCUUCCAGUGCAGGCUUUAGGUUUUCAUUAACCCACCGUGUGUCAUCGUCAUGGAACAUGAUGUUAAGCUGGUAUUCAUAGUCAUCUGGAUCAGCAUCCUCUGUGAUUUCAUCAUAGCCAGUGACAGCUAGUUUAAGGAGGAAUAUCUUGUGGUUGAACCACCAGCGCUUAUAAUAUACCAGAAGAGAGAGAAAGAGCAUGGCUGUAAUAGCAAUACAAACACCAGUAACGAGAAUGAUGUUGAUUCCACAGUAUUCUUCAGGAUGAAAUGACCAAAGUGGUUUGUUCUCAAGAUCACUUAAUGAAUUACUGGAACACAGAGUUUCAUUCUGGUGGGCAAAGCUAACAUUGUUAGUAGUAUGUGCCCAGUUUACAAACCAAGCCAGCUCACAGUUACAUGUCAAUUUGUUUCCAGAUAUAUCUACCCUUAACGAGUGUGUUGGCAAUACUGUACCAGGAGCAAUUGUUGUUAUCUUGUUUUCUUGUAGGUAUAACCAUCUAAGAUUAGUUGUGCCUUUGAACAAAUUCUUACUUAUUGAAUUUAUUCUGUUGAAUUGCAGAAGUAGACGUGCCAACUUUCGCAUAUUUUGGAAUGCAUGCUCAUGUAUGUACUCAAUGUCAUUUGAAUUCAGUCGAAGUUCAUCGAGUCCAGUCAUAUUCUUAAAUAUCUGUGAUGGAAUCCUUUGCAGGCAACAACUGCAUAAAUCAAGCCUUUUUAUCUGCCGUAGAGGAGAAAAUAUUGAAGACACAUUUGGCAAGCCUCUGAGGUUAUUUCUUUUCAAUCUAAGAGAGCGAAGUGAUAUCAGUCCUUCAAAUAAUGAUUCUUUUGUUUCCUCAUUAAUGAUAUCACGAGGAGAAAUACGAGAGUAAAUCAUGUUCAAUCUUGUUAAUGCAGAGGUGUGGGUAAAUUGGUGUGUGGAGGCAAAUUUAGCAUCAUAUUUGGCGUAGGAGCAGUCAAGGAAAGUAAGAUUCCUCAUGCCAGCAAGUGUACCGUUCAGAAUAAAUCUUCCUAUGUCAUGCAUGAUGAGUGUUUCAAGAGCUUUCAUUUCUUUGAAGGUAUCAUAAGCAAUUUCUUGUAGUUGUUGAUUCCAUUCUAAUCUCAAAAUCUUCAAUCGAGAUAAACCUGCAAACAUAAAUCUUUCUAUUGACUUAAGGUUAUUAUAGGAUAAGUCAAGUGUCUGCAAGUUGGUUGUGUUCCAGGGACCAUAUUCAAUUUCAUUGAUCAUGCUGUUGGAAAGAUUCAGAUUUUUUAGUGAUUUGCAACCAACCAAAAAAUUACACGGGGGCGGCGGGCGAAUUCGCCCCGGAAAGUCCAAAAAAAGCCCCGGAAAAGGGCUAAAAACAUUCACACAAGGGCGACUGCAAAACUCAUAAUCGCCCCCGUCAACUAGGCUUGGGAGCCAGCGCCGGGUAAUCGAGUCUACCCGAUUCUCUAUGCCAGAGUCGGGGAGUCGACCCUGAUCUCUGGAGACUCGAGUACCAAGCGGCGGCUGUUCUGAGAUAAAGGGACUCAAGUCUUUGCCAUGCUCUCUCAUUCAUGGACGAAAAUCGGCCCCAGCGCCGACUCCAGGCACUGAGAUAAAAUAAAUGUAGAAUUUGGAGCCGAGGAGUCAUAUACUUCGAGCAGAACGUUUCUCUGCUUGUGUGCUUUAGGCUCAGUGUACGUGUGACUGCAUGUGGUAUGGGGAUGCAUCGUGUGCAUUGUGUGUAGUGUGUAUUUCUGUGUGUGUGACUGUAAAAUGCCAGUAGAGACCACGUGCGCAUGUGUUGAGCGACACUUGUGAUUGUAUCAUGAACUGGGAUUUGUGUGUGGAUUGUGUGAGAAGUUUGGUGAAGGUGUAAGAUUUUGGGCGACUUGAUAGAUGAUUGCUCCCCCCCCCCUCCCAUUUAUCUAGCCCCAUGUCGAGCUGCAGCCACCCAUCUUGAUCCUUCCCCCCAAAGCUUGUCUCUCCUCAUUCCUUCUUUUCUUCCAAACUUUAUUUCCCUAUUAUUCUUGUUAAUUUCUCCUUUUACAAGUUGUAAUUCACUACGAACUUCAUUAUAAUUUUAAUGAAGUGUUUAUCACCUCUUGUUUGUUUUUAAAUAUUUUUAUAUCUCUGUUCAAAACAAGAGUCUCGUCUAUCCCUUUAAAAAAAAUCAUGCUUUGAUUUUUUUUCUUUCAUUCUAGUCUUAAAUGGGAGUCUUGCCUUAUUGGAAUAUUGGCAAGAAGUUAAUAAAAAAAUGAUGUUAUUGUUCUGUCAGUAAUAAAAGUAGAGAUUCAACUAUGGAUAUUUUUCAGUCAUAUUUCAUUUAAUCUUCGUUAUUUUAAUCCAAACAUUCAUUUUUUUUUCAAUGAUGUAUUUCACCUUUGGCCAGUUCGCCAUUUUCUUAAGUGACUGAAAACGUAGACUAGCCCCUUAAUUCAGGGACAUCAACCCUCGGCAAUUUGUUUACAUAACUUUCUUUGUCUCCGUCAUGUAUUGCACAAUCUUGAGAAGCACAUGUUUGGAAAUCUGAUAUUCUUGUGGUGGUGGUGGGGGGGGGGUACGAGAUUGCCGCCCUUUUCAUUCUGUUUUGGUUUGGCUGCCACAUGGCCUCUCUCACUGUGUGGAGAAAUUAGGUCAGGUAAAAUUUGCAAAGACGUGGAUAAGUUCAUUUCAAUUAGAGGCUGUGCAAGGCUAGGCAUUCAUGAUGGAUGAUGGAAAUUGCCAGUUUACGUUCUGGUAGGCCUUUUUGUCAUGAAUCUGUGUAACUGAUACGAACGCUUAACAAUUCAAUGACCUUUAUGACUUAUAUCAUUAUUUUGUAUGAAUAAUUUUAAGUCUUUUUUAAAAAGUGUCAUUUAAAUAACUUUCAGUCAAAUAUGUACGAAGGAUAUUUGUUCAACUUCAUAACAUUUGCAGGUACCUAUAUUGUAUGAUAAAAUAAAUUACCUCAGAAUUG